AUGUCUUUUUCAAAGACAUUUUCUUCCUCCACGCAUCAGAAAUCAGAACAUCCACGUCGAAUUUUUAUUAAAUCAGAAUCAAAACGUUUGUGGCGAGAGAAAUUUAAGCAACAGUGUUUACGACGAGUUAAAGAAAGUCGAACAUUUGCUUUUAACGAUCGAAGGCUAGAAUUUUGGAAAAUUGCCAAUCAAAACGAUACAGACGACGAAGAUGAAGUUGCGCAACGAUGGUUUGUAAAAAAAAUCCUUGAAGAAUGGAAGAUUUUUUGGAACGACGACAAUCUUGAUGCCGUUGAAGAUAUGAUAGAUGACGAAUUAUUACAAGAAAUUAUGCAAGAAUCGACGUUAGAUGAUUAUGAGGCCGAACUCGCAAUUCAAUGCGAAGAAUAUAUACCAUCAUAUACAG